GACGUCCGAUUCCCACCAUCCGUGCGUGCUUGUCAGGUCCAGAGGUGCUUCCGCCCUUUCCGUUCGAUUCUGGAUCUGUGAAAUCUAAACAUUUCGUGCCUUGCUGAUUUGCGCCUCACUAUUGACGGAGUGGAGACUCCAGUAGAGGCGAUGGCCUUUCAGCACCAGCCUGGCACGGCUAUGCAGUGUUUAAGUAUCCCGAUAAAGCUUGCGAAGGAGGUUGGCAUCGACUCUGAGGGCAGGGAAGUGAUGAAGUGCGGAUUCAAGAUUGGAGGCGGCAUCGACCAGGACUUCACACGUAGCCCGCAAGGGUACACCGACAACGGCAUCUACGUUACGGAGGUUUACGAAAGCAGCCCAGCAGCCAAGUGCGGCCUCAAAGUGCACGACAAGAUACUACAGGUGAACGGCUACGACUUCACUAUGGUGACUCACAAGAAAGCUGUCGAGUACAUCAAAAAACACCCCGUGCUCAACAUGCUAAUAGCGCGGAAGGGAGUGACGCAUUCCUGAAGGCACCCGUAGGACGAAGAUUUCCAUGGACGCUUGCUGGGCACUCCCGAGAUCCUGACAUCCAGCUCUGAAAAAGUACUCUGCCCAGUUUUGUAGCUGACUCGUCACAUGUCACGUUGUCAGUGUUCAUUGUGUGUUCCUGUGAGGUAUCGUGACACUGUACCGCCUAUAUAGUGCGUCAGUUUUGACCAUACUUGGUUGGAAUGUAAAGAAAAAUGUCAGCUCCACUCACAGCACGCACUGUCCCUCUCACAGAGAGCUUGCAUAUAUGCUCCAUCCAAAAGCUCUUAUCAAUUUUCGUGACGUCAAACACAUUUUAAGAGUUUCAGAUAGUUCACUUUUUCAUAAAGACAUGCGUGGUGCUGCUUUCAGGUUGAAAAACAUCAAUGACCUAGUGAAUUUCGUGAAGAUUACUGACACCACUGCUCAGCCAAACGCAAUGUUUUAGGUGGUGACGAUGAAUAUUUUAACGCUGAAUAUGCAUAGUAUUUACAUACUACGCAAAAAACUAUUUGCGUUUUAAGUGGAAACCAGUUUGCACGACUGUCUUUCACAGGUAAAGGGCAGGUAUGCUGCAGUUCUGUGGCCGGAGCUGGCAUUAUAUUCUUAAUGUGAUUGAGUGUAACAUCGCACUGUAGAUGCCACUGUAUCUGUUUUACAUAUUGACCAGUUCUUCUUUGCCUCUGUCAGCAGCUGAAACAGUGUUUAAGUGUUUGACUGACACUGUCAUAGAACUACAUUAUCAGGGAUAGUGCUUGCUGAAAGGAAAAGAAAGGCGGAAUUCAUCCAUCUGGGUGCGCUGCAACAUUUUACUAGGUGGUGUGGGCUCGCAGCAUUUGGCACCGUACAGUGCUGCCCUUCAGGUGUGCCUGGUUACUUAAAUACAUGAAGAAACUCUGCAUGUCUUCAAGAAUUCAGAGUAGUCGUGCUCUUGUGGUACCACAUGCUCCUUCCUUUGCCCAUGAACUCAAUCUCUGAGUGCGUGAAACAGUGGCUACAGCUUUAAUCCCCAGCUGUUGUAUUCCAAUCGACGUGUUACACAGAAGCAUCUGAUGUAAUGGUGCUUUGCAUACGCGUGAAGGAUCCUUGGGAGGCCAAAGCUGAUUUGGAGUAAUCUAUAUCUCCAGUAGCCCUUCUGUCUCUGUGGGGUGAUGAAUCUAAUCAAUCAAACCUUAAGACGAGUGUGUAAAAUUAAGUGCUGUAUUUUACAGUCUGAGGUAAAAGCCAGCCAAGUUUAAACAUUAUGCAGAGUAAUUAUUAAAUUUGGAGGAGCUGUGUUCUCUCACAAGCCACCAUGCAUUUCCUGAUGAAUGUAGAAUAGUCCCAUUGUUGCAAGAAAUGCCUGAAACAUGUAUUUCAGCACUGCACUUGUUAUCCAGACUUCACAAGGGGCAAUAUAUAGCUUGCUGUUCGCACUGUUUGAGCCAAAACUACUCUUUCGAUAGAACAUUUCUUCGAUAAAACUGCUUGACACUGUUACCUCCCAAUGGGUUGGGCAGAAUAGUGACACAAGUUUUAUCUCUUGAUCAAGGCCAGCCAAAAUUUUUCACUCCAGCUGUUGAGCUUCAUCGAAGCUAUGCAGCUGUAGCCAUCGGGCCUCACAGUGAUUCACACUGAUAAUCUCAAUCCUGUGCUGCCAGGAAUGCUAUUCUCGUACCGUUAAAUAGGCAGGACUUGUCUCGAGACUGUGCAAUAAGCACCAGACACAUCAGCCUCUACAGGCGACAGUAUUUCUGGCACUAUUCAACGACCAGCUUGGCCCUGUGCCUGAAAUUCUACCGCUUGUAGAUGCCAUUUGCGCUACAUUCGACUGGUUGCUACUACGCUCCGGCCUGGUUUGAAACAAUGCAGAGUGCUUUCUUAAUCCUAAUGGAGCAAUUCUGUCUCAGCUGAAGAUGCACAUUCUUACUAGAGUAACUGGAGGAAGAAAGAGUAAAGACGUCUGCAAGUAUUAUUGCAGACGCUGCAGCUGGCAUUACACCAUCAGCAAAAGCCGCAUGAUCGGAGUCGUGCCAAAUCUAGGUACCACUCUUGUGUAGAAAUGGAAAGCGCUUUAAGGCACUCCAAGCUAGAUAACGGUGCUCCGAAAUGACCAGCUUAAUGCGCCGCAUGUCACCAUACUGCUUUUUAGCACUUGAAAACAAUCGGCGAAAUGUAUGCUUAGUCUCUCUAGUCGCGUCAGAUGGCAUACACUUGAAAGUAAUCAUCCGAGAAUGCAUCCCCUGCCGAACGAGAGCUACUAGUUGCUUCCACGUACAAUGCUGCUGCACUUUUUUUGCGCUUCCAAGCUGUACAGUAUAGUCCACUGUUACAGGGAACGCAUGAGCUUCUGGCCGGUAGGCCAUGCAGCGCUAACUGGUGGCAAGAUUUGUAAAUGCGGCACAUGCGCAUGGAAAAAAAAGCUCAGUAAAUAAAACACACCGAGGACAUAGUAAGGCUUGAGCCCGGCUUUGUUGAGUGCAAGCCCAGUAUUCUACCACCAAGCCACGCUGGUGCUUGGGACUUGCUCGCAAACUUGUCUUAGGCAGGCUUGAUGUCGGGGAAAGGAAUCACAGUAAUAUGAGUAAUAAAGCGUUUUAGAACGGCAAAGGAACAACUAGGCUUCACACAAUGUGGAUAGCGUAACAAGUGGGUCGUCCAAUGCUUCAACCGAUUACAAAAGCUUGUUCUUGAGCACCUGUUAACUGUUGUGCUCACCCAAUUCAGGCAUAAUUCCUCAUCGUCAGUCACUGCAUGAACAAUUGGCGCAAAAUUUCUUACAAGUGUUUAGUGGAUACCCCGCUUCUUCAAAGAAUGACAAAGGAUCGCAUAGUGAAUGCUGGCCUACUACCCAUAAAUUAUGAUUAUUAAUGACAUAGUGGGUACCCAGCUAGUGUGCUUAUAGCAGUUACUCAAAGUGUUUAGAAUAGGCUCUGAAAGGCCACUUUUCAUGCUUUAGCUGUGGCUCUGAUGCGCGUUUUGCGCAGGCCUGGCGUUUUUUCACAUACUGUUCACUGCAACGGGUCAUUUCUGAUAACAGAUAAAGCUAUUGAAGUCUGAUGCAGCAAAAAUUUUAAGCUCGCCUUCGCGACCAUGAAAUAUCGGCUUAUUGAAAGAGCGACAGGCCUAGUUGGUAUCAGUUGAUUUACAGUGAAAGCGCGAAGGAUUGUGCACGCUAGCGCAUGCCGUGCGUAUAGAUAGAGAAAUAGCAGACGACACGGAGCACUCACUGCAUUUCCAAAUUUCCCCAGCAGUUGAUGCUCUGUGGAACCACCGGCCACGCACUCGCGUGUUCGCUCUAACAGUGGACCACGCUGUUUAGGCUGUAACGGGAGAAAAUAAAUAUCGCUUUGAUUGUAUUUUUUCAAGGAUCUCUAGAGUCCGCCCUCAUGACAAUGGUCAGUUGUAAAGGUACUUAAUGCACUGCCCAUAUGAUUUCCGAUUUAAGUAUGGUUAACAUAAAUAAGAAAGUUCUGCACUUAGCCUUUUUACUAUAGAGAAAUGACUACCACAGCGUGGGUUGAUUUACAGUCAAGAAUAUUCCGUGUAGGAAAACACUCUAAAGAUCUAUGUUCUAAAAAAAAAAAUGAGCUUUAAUACCGUAAUUGCUGUUUUAGGAAACCUAAAAUGGUUGAAGUGUACCUUAUAGUAUGAUAGCAAAUGCACAAAUAAAAUUUUUUAUUGCCUAGGUGUAUGUUUAUGCAGGCAUGGUUGAAAUGGCAGUUAUGUGUCGGCAAUGCUUGUAACGAGUGACGAAGUGUUCACCUGUUGCUUAUUGGUGUCUUGGCAUAGUUACAGCUCUGUUGUGUUCUGUGUUUAGUGGGUUACAUGUAGAGCCACCAAAGGUUUAAUAUAUAUACAUAUAUUAUAUAAAGAUUACAUAAUGUAUACGUUAUAUAGCCCUGUUAGUCACUAUGUGUUGUGUUGUAUUGUAAAAGAAAAAAAAAUUAAUGUUCUUUGGAGACAUUAUGUAUAAGCAAUGUUUGCACUACAAGUGCAUAGUUACAUUCCAGUUAACCUUCACUAUCAGAAUUACAGCUGUUGAAUUAUCCUCAUGCUGCCAGUUGCUUCCUUUUAUUUUCGUGAGCAUUCUUCACUUCAUCGUAAAAUUGUCCUACAUUUUGUGUCAUCACUUUUCCAGCAUGUUCUUUCAGAAUGGUCUGAGCAAUUACUGUUUCAGAAGGAAAUAAAAGAAGCCUGGCCGUUUGACCAAGAUUGUCGUAUAAAAAAAUAAGAAA